UUUAGAAUAGAAUCCAACAGGUGGCCAUGGGGCAAGAGCAACGGCUUUUAGUCGUCCUUAUUUUGGGAUUGGAAUACUUCUUAUAUGAUAACCAUGGUCACCAAAGUUAUUUACAUUAAAACACCGAAGGUCAUUGUAUAUUCUUCGGUGACUUCUGUCAAGACUGCUGUGACGUAUAGAGGGUUGACAGCAAGAGGACAGCUUACUUUGUGGUAAAUAAGAUCUUGUACUUUCUCUCGAGUGACCAAAUUUUCGGUGACUUCCCGCAACGCGAUGUGGAAUACAAGCGGUGACAACCACAGCCAGCAAACGGCCAACCAUGCUGUUGGCAUUUUGAACGCAGCCAAUCCAUACAUCAUGAAUUUCUUGAUGUUUUUGAUGAUGUUUGGAAUGGGAUGCGGCGUGGUGUUGGAAGAUCUGAAAAAACACAUUAAAAAACCGGUCAGCCCAGCUAUUGGCGCCGUCUGUCAGUUUGUCCUGAUGCCGUUGACAGCGUUUUGGCUUGCCCACGCACUUCAGCUUGAACCGUACCAGUCACUGGGUCUUCUUAUCAUUGCGGCUGCACCUGGCGGGACAUUUUCUAAUAUUUUCACCUACUGGGUUGGCGGCGACGUUUCUCUAAGUGUAUUUAUUACAACAGUUUCAACGACUUUGGCGUUUGGUACCAUGCCGCUAAAUCUGUUUAUAUACAGUCGGUUCUGGGAGCAAAAAAUAACUGCAAUACCUUACGUGAACAUUACUAUCUCAUUAGUAUUAAUAUUGAUCCCUGCAGCUCUAGGAAUGGUCAUCAGAUACAAGAAGGAAAAGUUAGCCAAAAAUCUGGUAAAGGCAGGUACUGUACCCGCGCUCCUAGCUAUUGUAUUUAGCAUCGCCUUGAACAUAUUCCUCUACUCUGAUAUAUUCGCAUCGGUUUGGGAGGUGUGGCUAGCGUGCAUCUUGUUGUGCAAUAUCGGCGUGGCCCAGGGGUUCUUUGUGGCCUUCGUUUGCCGCCGGACGCAGAGCGAACGGAAAACAAUUGCGCUGGAGAUGGGGUUCCAGAAUGUGCCCCUGUGCAUCAGUCUCUCCGCGACGGCAUUCCAUGACCCCACGGAGAGAGCUACGACGGUCAACGUGUCACUCCUGUACGGUCUGGUGCUGGUUGUAGAGCUCUUGGUUGUGGUUGCGAUCUACAGAUUAUGGAAAUGUGUUCGUCCUGACGCAAUUGUCGAUGAAAAGGUGACUGGAAGUUUACGGUGGAAAAAUGAUACCGUCACCGACACACCUGUGACUUCGGAUAGAGGGACAGUGAAUGAAGCAUAUGAAGAAUGAGAAACCAAGAAAAUCUGAUUUUCGGAGCAUGAUUCAGAGGUUGUUCCAAACUACACUACAGACAUGCAAAUGUUUUCUAGCUGCCGAUGACUUGCGUUUCAAUGUCUUAAUGUGUACUUUGUAUUUUGUAUCAUAAACGUUUUAACUGAGUGAAAGACGAGGAACCUCCUCAAGUGUACUUCCAAGGUGUCUAGAAAUGGACAUCCACGGGUGAAAGGAAUAGUAGUCGCGUAGAAAGCUCCUACAGAGAGCAUGCCCGUUGUGCCUGAAAAGUAACGGAGCUGGGGCCACAAACAAUUUACUAUAAUUCAAAACGACCAACUCCGCGGAGUUGGAUCGACCUACUUAGACCGAUGGUGUCUAUGGGAAUGGGGCCUUGGACUCAAAAGGGCUAAUUUGGGUAGAGAAACCAUGUAGUUUGUUGUUUGGAAUUUUAAAUGAACUGCUUGUGACACCAGUGCCAUUACUUUCCAUACACACCCUCUGCAUUCCUGUAAAUAACUGCCCUACCCUAUUUCAAAUUACCAGGUUUAUUUACAUAGAUUGGACAUUUUUAGUGUCUGUUUUUUUUUUCUUUAUUGACAACGCACAGAAACAAAUGAUUCAGGGCCUUGAAGCUAUUAUUAAACUGGUAGCUAAUUCAUAUUGUUAGAAGAUGGUUGGUAGUCAACUGCAGCGUCACCACGGGCUAGUCGCCUAGUAGUGACAUUAGACAGGCUAAUUGAGCAAUGAAAGUAUUUCAAAUCCCUCAUGAAAAAUCCUUCUCCUUGCCUCUUGUUCA